CAAACGUUGCAGUCUAUCAACAAAUAAAGUCAUCCAAAAUGGAAGAAGAACCUUUGUUAAUUAAUAAAACUAUAAAAAAGAUUGAAAUAUGGUUGCGAACCACAGGAACAAAUGUAAAAUCUACUCCGAAAACGCGGAUGGAUACUAUAAAAAGCCGUGCAAUAUACAUUAUAAACUUUUUCUGGUUGAACAUGGACCUGGGCGGGGCAGUGGUCUGGUUCAUUUCUGGGAUCGCCAACAAAAAGAGCUUCACUGAACUGACAUACGUAUCACCCUGCAUAACAUUGAGUUUCCUUGCGAACUUCAAAUGUUUCUUUCUAUUUCUUAACGAAGAUACUGUCGACAAACUCCUAGAAACGUUGAGAGAAUUAGAGAUGAAUGAAAGAUCUCGUCCUAGGCAUAAGGAUAAGGAUGCCAUUAUGGUGCAUGAGCACAAGUUUCUCACAAACCUCAUCUCUUUUCUGAAUGUUUUCUUCUGCGGGUUGAUUGUAGCUUUUGCUAUAGGUCCCGUAACAUUGACGAUCUUCAUAUACGUUACUACUAAUGAGGUUGAUCUGCAACUACCAUUUCUCAUCAUUUAUCCCUUCGACGCUUUUCAACUGAAAAUUUGGCCUUGGGUGUAUCUUCACCAAAUUUGGUCCGAAGUAGUAGUUAUAGUGGGUCUCGGUGCAGCAGACUAUCUCUUCUACAUAUUCUGCUCAAACAUAAGCGUGCAGUUCCAACUUUUGAAAUAUAAUAUCGAAAAUUUAAUUCCUGAUGAUGAGACUUGUGGACAUUUAGUCAACGUUGAAGAAGUAAGAGCUGAAUUUGUCGAUUUGACCAAAUGGCAUCAGGACUUAAUAAGCUCAGUGAAGCUUCUGGAGACGAUAUACACGAGAUCGACACUGUUGAACUUUGUUUCCAGCUCCGCACUCAUUUGUUUGACAGGAUUCAAUGUUUUGGCUGGCAGUGACUUUGUGUAUGUGAUGACAUUUGUGAGUUUCCUAUUUUUGAGUUCACUGCAGAUAUUCUUUCUGUGUUUCUUUGGGGAUCUUUUGUUGACUUCGAGCGUGAAAGUAAGUGACGCUGUAUAUAACUGUCGUUGGUACUUAGCCGGCACAUCUCUUGGAAAGGACUUACUUUUGGUGCAAACAAGAUCACAAACUCCUUGCAAACUGACAGCUUGGGAUUUUUCUGAAGUUAAUCUUAAGUCUUUUAUGACGAUCCUGAGUACUGCUUGGUCUUACUUCGCUUUGUUGCAAACUUUGUAUGGUUCAGCUAUUUCAAGUAAGAUGCCCAAACCACUGUUAUUUGACGGAUCGCUAGACAAACUCGGCGUUCUCUUUCGAUAUUCGGGAAUGAACCUCGAAAAAGACAUCGUCGCUCCAAUGGACACUAUUAAACAUAGAUGGCUGUAUACCCUAAAUUAUUUCUCUGUUUUAUCAGCUGAAAUCGCCGGCAUAUACUACAUCAUAACCGGCAUAAUACAAGGCAAGAGUUUCAUCGAAGUUACUAGUGUCGCUCCUUGCUUGACAUUUUCUUUACUCGCAUUGAUCAAAUGCUCUUACCAUCACAUGUAUGAGAAGAAUAUUAAAGAACUUAUAAACCUUUUAAGAGAUUUGGAAAGGAAAGAGAAUGAUAGGACUGAGUGUGCUGAUAAACAAGAAAUUAUAGAUGAAGAAGCAGGAUUUUUAAACAAAGUGAUUAAUGUACUGUAUGUGCUAAACUGUUGCAUGAUAGUCGUGUUCGAUAUGACGCCGAUGGUGUUGAUAGCGGUGAAGUAUUACAAGACGAAGCAGUUUGAAAUGUUGCUGCCUUAUUUAGAUGUGUUUUCAUUCAUACCUUACGAGUUGGUGUAUUGGCCAUUUGCAUACGUUCAUCAGAUUUGGUCGGAAUGCAUGGUGCUUUUAUCAAUGGCGGCCGCUGACUACCUAUUCUUCACAUGUUGUACUUACAUUAGAAUACAGUUCAGACUCCUGCAAUAUGACUUCGAGAGGAUCAUUCCAGACAGAAGUAUUUCUAAAGAAGAGAGGUUUGAUGAAGCUGAGUUUCGGGAUAAGUUCAGAGAGUUGGUGCAAUGGCAUCAAGACUUAAUACGAUCAGCUAUAAUCUUAGAUAUAAUCUAUUCCAAAUCAACGCUGUUCAACUUCUUGUCUAGUUCAUUGGUUAUCUGCCUCACCGGAUUUAAUGUUACGAUUGUGGACGAUAUUGUAAUAAUUGUCACGUUUCUUACCUUCCUAUCGAUGGCUCUGAUGCAAGUCUUCUUUUUAUGCUUCUUCGCGGAUCUCAUGAUGACAGCCAGUUUGGAAGUAAGUAACGCUGUAUACAACUGCAAGUGGUACCUGGGUAACACACAAGUUGGCAAGCAACUACUGUUGGUGCAGACCAGAGCACAAGAACCAUGCAAGCUGACAGCUGCUGGCUUCGCAGACGUGAACCUAAAUGCUUUUAUGAGAGUGUUGAGCAGUGCCUGGUCCUACUUCGCCUUGCUGCAGACAGUGUACGGAAGAUAAAGUGCCACUAUCAACUGAACACUUUCCCUUAUAGAUAGAUUACCUUACCUUAGUAGAAGUACUAUCGACAAACAUUCUUGUGU